AUGUAUACAGUGGAGUUCCAGAAAAAAGGUUUGCCCUACAUACAUUUGCUGGUUUGGUUGGCUGAAGAGUAUAAACUGAGGACAUCAGCUGAUAUUGACGAGGUAAUAUCAGCCAAAAUUCCAGACCCUCUACAAGAUCCAGUUGGAUAUGAAGCUGUUUGUAGAUAUAUGUUGCAUGGUCUGUGCGGUGAAGCAAAUACAAUGCACCAUGUAUGCGAGACAGAAAACAGUUAA